UGAAUUUUCUGUAACAAAAUAUGAAAAGGAAGUUGUGACAUUAUAAAAAGAAUGCAAAACAGUGUAUUGUGGAAAAAGCUUUAUCACAAUCCCUCCCAGUAUGUUAAACCAAAGGAAGCGACAGUGGUGUCGGCCCGACUACCAAGGGAGGCUACUCCUGAGGAUUAUCGUGUGAGAAGGGGGUCAAAGACGGAAAGACCACCUGUCGCCACCCAGUUUCCAUCCAAGUAUGCCUAUCUUCCUGAAAUAAAUUCCCCCAGACCAGAUAAAAGUCUUGUUCCACUAAACGGACGGAAAGCUAGUCCAGCUGGAAUUAAUCCAAACUUUGACUUUGAUGCAGAUGAACGAAUUCGCCAGUUAGAAGUUCGACUAAAUGUUGCAGAAAAAUCAAACCGAGCCCUUCUGGAGGAGGUGCUCAGACUACAGAGUGAUGUCAAAUCCUCAAAUCGUAGAAAUGAGGAGGUUUUGCGAGAGGAAAAGGGCUCGCGACAUAAUCUGGAGUCUGCCAUGAAAAUAAACAACGAACUCAUCUCCCAGUUAAGUGCUAGAAUCAAAGAUGCUGAGGAAAAGCUGGCAGAAGAGAAAACAUCCUUGUCAUCACUUGUCAAUCACACAAAAGGGGUGGAGCAAGCUGUCAAAAGUAGUCAAAAUGAACUGAUUGCCAAAAAAGAUGUGCAAUCUCAAAAACUUGUGGAGAUGCGAGCAGAGAUGGAGGACUUACAAGGUGCUAAAAACCAGCUGGAGCGAAUUUGUUUUUCCAUGGCUGAUGAUAUCAGAAACCUAAAAAUGAAAGUAGAACAACAGUCAGCAGAGCUUGGCACAGUCUCCUCAGACCUCAGAAAUAGGUCCAAAAAACUAGAGGAUGACAACAGAAAUCAGGCAGAGGAGCUGGAGGCCCUCAGGAAAACAUCCACCAUCCAAUCACAGUCAGACCAACAGACAACACAACUCAAGGGCCAGGUGGAAACCAGAUUAUCAGAACUCCGAGAUGUCUUGGUGGACGUGAGAGCUAAACAGGAGUCUGAACUCACAGAGAGAAGGAACCUGGAGCAACAAAUGUCAAAAAAAAUUUAUGAAUUACAACAAGCUCUGAGUGAAGCAAAUAGAAGAAGAGAAGAGGGCAUUCAUGCAAUGGACAUUUUACUGAGAGAAAAAGACCACGUCAAUCAGGCUGAAAAACUCAAUCUGACAUCGAAAGUGGCUGAUACUGUAGAGGAUGUCAACAAAAAACUCCUAUCCAAGGAAAUCAAACUGAGGGAGGAGAUGCAAGAAAGAUACCUACAGCUAGAGAGGCUAACUCAGCAAGAACAACAGAACAGGAGGGACUCUGAACGAGCAUUGAGGGAGGACAUCGAUCGGAAAUUCCUCACCCUCAAACACGCCACGGAGGAACUCAACCUAGACAUCAAAGAGCAGUUCAAGCACGAGAAAGCCAAAACAAAAGAAACAAUUUCAAAAUUAGAUGAGUCCAUUUCAAUAGUAGAAAAGCAAGCUGUAGAGAACAGGAAACAGUUUGAGAAAGUGAUGGGUGCUGAAAUUAGUCAGAGGAAGCUACAUGAGGCAAGUACCAUGGAGAAGUUAGCCAGUGUCAAUGAGAAGUUACAGAUAGCUACCUCAUCCCUCCAGCAGUCAAUCGGGGGGAUCACUCAGACCAUGGCUAGCCAGAGUGAAAAGUUGAAGAGAGAGAUGCGAACAUUAAUGUUGGAGCAAAAGGAGGCCAGUACAAGGGCUAUGACUGACCUGGAUGCCAGGAUGGGCUACAUGAAGACACGCAUGAAUGAUUUUGAGGAGAAGCUGGAGUCACGUGUUGCGUCUAUUAUUAAAAAACAUGAAAACAAAGAGGAAAAAGAACAAAUGGAGGCUACUGCAGUCUUGUCUCAGAACCUUAGAGAAAAGGUGGACGCCAUCUCAAUUUGGCAGGACACCACACAACAGACCAUUAAAGAGCUGUCCACUAACGUCAAUAAGCUACCAGAGGAGGUGUAUGCUCUUCAAGAAAAGCAGACACUUAUGAAGACUGACAUGACCAGUCGAUUUACUGCGGAGUCUGAAGCCAGAACAAAAGAGAUAGAACAUCUGAAGGCAGAGCUUCAGAGCUUGAAAGAGAGGCACGAUCCACUUCCUGCUACCAAAUCUGACCUAGAUAAUGUACAGGGCAGUGUUCGUAAGUUGGCAGACUCCAUACAGACAGUAAAGACUGUGCUAGGAAUGAAGAUACAGUCAGAGCAGAAACUGCGCCAGGAGGAAAUUCAAAAAUUACAAGAUGAAAUUGCAAUUUUAAGAACCGCACUUGAACCUUUAGUGAAAAAACCACUUGGAAAAAAUUUCGUAAAAGGUCGAGGAAAUGCGGACGAUGUUAAUAAAUGGAGCGUAGCAAAUGCAUACAGUGAUCCAAAGGAAAAACUAAACAGAGGGCUGACUAAUGACAGUGGAGUAGUUAAGGACAUCUCCGAGGAAGAUUCAGACGACGAUUCCGAUGAAGGCGCAUUUUUUAAGAAGAACAAAUCAAACAAAAAUAAAAAAUACGACUCGGAAGAUUCCGAUGAACCGCCAGCCAGAACUAAAAAUAGACCAAAAGGUGGAGAAAAAUCGCCCAGAAGAAAAAAAGGGCGAUCCAAAGAUAAAAAUUCUCGCUCACCGUCGAAAAAGCAAGAUUCAGAAGACGAUUCCGAUGAAGGAGUCUUUUUCAGAAAGAGUAAAUCCAACAAGCAUAAGAAAUACGACUCGGACGAUUCCGAUGAACCACCCACCAGAACAAAAAAUAGACCGAGAAAUCGAAGUGCAUCAUCCAGAAGAGAAAGAAGUAGAGGUCGAUCUCGACGCAGAACUCCUAGUCGGUCACGUGAGAGAUCACCAAGUAGAAAUAGAAGAUCGCGGGGCAGAAGUAGAACACCAAGCCGUAGAAGAAGUAGAACUCCUAGACGAUCAAGUUACCGAAGACGAAGUAGAACAAAUAGCAGAUCGAGAUAUCGACGACGAAGUAGGACGCCUAGCAGAUCUCGAGGAAGGAAUAGAUCACCAAGUCACAGAAGACAUAGAAGCAGAACACCUCGUCGAUCACGUAGCCGAUCCCGAUAUCGUAGUAGAUCUCCAGAGCGAUCACGUUACAAAAGUCGAUCACGAAGUCGGAGAAGAAGUAGAACUCCCAGACGCAGGUCACCAGAAAGAUCAAGAAGGAGAGACAGAACUCCGAGCCGUUCUCCAAGAAGAAGGAGGUCGCCAUCCGAAUCUCCGCGGCGAAGAAGAUCACGAACGCCAAAAAGGAACAAAAACCAAAGGAGAUCUCCAUCGUCCAGGAAGAACCAAUCAAAGAACAGAAAAGACGAGAAAAAUAAUAAUAGAAAAAGACAGGACAAGGAUGAUCCAUGGAACAAAGAUCAAUACGAUAAGAACCAGAAAGAAAAGAGAAGACAGGAAAAGGAGAGAAGAAUGCCCACAGAUUCUGAACCGGACUCGGAGGACAAUAAAGAAUUCCGGAAAAAGAACAAAGCACGUCGAAAGUAA